AUGGCGCCAAAGAGAGCAACGAAAAGGAAUGAACCUCCGCCGUCUGAUCCUCAGGGAAUUUUCGCCGGAAUGGUUGUCUUCUUGGUCGAACAUGGAGUCCAGACUCGUCGAUUACAGAUUUGGAAGCAGAAAUUGGUGCAAAUGGGGGCGACUAUAGAGGACAAAAUGUCCAAGAAGGUCACACAUGUUUUCGCUACGGAUACAGCUUCAUUACUUCAAAAGAUUGGCCAUGUACUCUUAGCACGCUUUAAAGGAAAAGUUCUGCUUUAUCAGUGGCUUGAGGACAGCUUGAGAUCUGGUGAAAAGGUAUCUGAAGACUCAUACAUUGUAUCAUCAGAGUCAGUAGGAGGAGAUUCGCCAAAGAAGUCUUUAGAGGAAAAACCCACUCACAGGAAAAACUCCAGUAGUGAUGAACAAUCCUGGCAAAAAAAGAUUAGAACCUCUUCUGAGGACUCUAAAAAUCCAAGUGCAGAACGUGGGGAUGUGACAAUAAAUAAUGCUGGAUCUGGUUCACCGAAGACUGCUAGUGGCUCUUCUGAUUCAUAUCGCUCUCUGAGCCCAACAAGUAGCAGUCCAAUCUCCUUUGAUGCUCAAAAUAAGAUGGUCAGUACAUUGGAAACAUCGUCAACAUAUAGUCCUCCUGAUUUAAACAGGAAUAUCACUGAGAUAUUUGGAAAGCUUAUCAACAUAUAUAGAGCACUGGGUGAUGAUCGAAGAUCUUUUAGCUAUUAUAAGGCUAUCACGGUUAUUGAAAAAUUGCCCUUCAAAAUUGAAAGUGUGGAGCAGGUGAAAAACCUACCCUCGAUUGGGAAGUCAAUGCAGGAUCAUAUCCAAGAGAUAGUGACUACUGGGAAGCUACCAAAGUUGGAGCACUUUGAGAAGGAUGAAAAGGUACGGACAAUCAGCUUAUUUGGGGAAGUAUGGGGUAUUGGUCCAGCCACUGCACUGAAACUUUAUGAGAAAGGCCACCGGACUCUAGAAGACCUGAAGAAUGAGGGUUCAUUAACAAAUGCACAGAGGUUAGGGUUGAAAUAUUUUGAUGAUAUCAGAACAAGGAUUCCACGUAAUGAGGUUGAAGAGAUGGAACUUAUUCUACUGAAAGCUGGAGAAGAUGUUUUGCCUGGGGUGGUGGUAAUAUGUGGAGGAUCUUUCAGACGAGGGAAGGUUUCUUGUGGGGAUUUGGACAUAGUAAUUACUCAUCCUGAUGGAAAAAGUCAUGUAGGCUUUCUUCCAAAAUAUGUAAAACAUCUGAAAGACAUGAAGUUCCUGAGAGAGGAUUUGGUCUUCAGUGUACAUAGUGAGCAGAGCACUGAUUCAGGGGUUGACACAUACUUUGGUCUAUGCACAUACCCUGGUCAAGAGUUGCGGCAUCGCAUUGAUUUAAAGGUUUAUCCAAGGGAUAUAUAUGCAUUUGGACUAAUAGCAUGGACAGGGAAUGAUGUAUUGAACAGAAGGCUGAGGUUAUUAGCAGAAUCCAAGGGGUUCCGACUUGAUGAUACAGGACUGUUUCCUGCUACGCAGAAGACCUCAAGCUGUAAAAGGGGAACUAGAGGCAGCGCGAGUUUGAAAUUUGAGACAGAGAAAGAGGUGUUUGAUUUCCUUGGAUUUCCUUGGCUUGAACCCCAUGAAAGGAAUCUGUGA